AUAAGUAUAAAUAGCAAAGGAAUCUCCCAUUCCAAAACAGGAAAGAAAGAGAUCAAGGCCUUAGAGACCCCUAGUAGAUUAUUAAUAAAUAUGACUAAGUUCCAAGCCCUCUAUAAGAGCCCUUGUUACACCAACACCCCGGUCACUCGCCUGAAUGUUCCGGGAUAGACUCAGCUCGACACAUUUUGGGAUACUCUAACAUUUAUGACGCAAUGCAUAUGCAGGUUGAAUCUGGCCUUCAUCGACCGCUUACCUCGGGUCGAUGAUUCAGCUUAUAAAGUCGGCGGCGGAGAAGCGAAAUAGCCCUCAUUGAGUCACCUUCCUGCAUCAUUGCAAUGCCAAUUGGGCCAGUUCUGCAGCAGCCAUCCCCAUUUCUACCCUCCACUUGCGUUUCAUCUUCGUGGUUAACGACUUCCGAAUUACUGAGAUGGGAAUCCUAACACUGGAUCGAGCAUACUUGACCCUCGGCUUGACUAUGACACGAUAACCCACUAGUGCUGCACUCGCCGUAUGCGGGAUUAUCGGAAGCUGAUCACAGCGGUCGAAUGUCCGGGGAAUGAUUCGAGGCAUCCUUGCCGGUCCGCCUGCCAAUGUAACCUUGCGCCCCAACAAGGAGAUAGGUUAACCGACCUCGGUUUCCGUAUAAAUGAAAAUUGCACGUAUGUUAACGGGAGCCACCAAAAUCCCUCUUCUUUUCUAUCAUUGGUUUCCCUAUGCCAGAUACGACCAAUCUCCUACGCCAUGCUGCUCCAUCUGUUGUUACUCAGUAGCUUUGCUGCUGGAAUAAACUGGUACGCUUCUUCCAAAAUCAAGAACUUGAUUCUGUUUGGCGACAGCUACACCGAUGAGGGACGAUUGGUAUAUAUCAUCAAUUCCGGUGGAGCUACGCCACCCCCGGGCACCAUAAUCCCACAUGCCAAUGUUACCGCUGCAGGUAGCUACUCUUGGCCGUACUACGCAGCACAGAAACUCGGGGCUACGACUUAUAACUAUGCUGUCGGCGGUGCAACUUGCUCCAAUGAAAUCACACUUCGGUAUCUUGAUGAGGCAAGCGGCCUUGAAUAUCCCGAUGUCAUCGAAUAUGAGGUCUCAGCUUUCAAAGCUGACAUUGAAUAUGCAAGCACUACCCCCAACACGACGUUUCUCCAGGGCCGUACACCGGAGAACUCUGUCUAUGCCCUGUGGAUCGGCACCAAUGAUCUAGGGGUCAGUGGCUUUCUACUUGAUCAGCAGACGAAGGGGAAAACAAUCGGCGACUAUGUUGAUUGCGUCUGGGAUCUAUUUGACGAAGUUUACAGCACAGGAGGGCGACAAUUUGUCCUCUUUGCGCAGGCGCCUCUAGAAAAAGCGCCGUUGUACACAGCUCCAGAGCAUGGAGGCGCUGGUGACGUGAACUACUGGCCGAACAAAACGGCGUACGACACAAUCAUGUACGAGGACAAAAUCCUUGAGUAUACGACGGCAGCAAACACCAUCUUCGAGUACGGUGUCCCGUUCCAGCUGCUUGUCCAGAAGCGGUGGCCUGGUGCUUCGUUCAUCAUCUUGGAUGUUCACCAGAUCGUUCUCGAUAUUAUCAAAGCACCGGAGGACUACCUAGAUGCGCCCGCUAACGUCACAGGCUACUACUCCGAGUGCAGUCCUCUUUCGCCGACUGGGUGCGGUGUUGCAGACAAUCCGCCCUCAAACUUUUUGUGGUAUGAUUCGUUACAUCCUUCCUCUCGGACCCAUGAGGUGUUUGGAUUGGAGUUUGCUAAGGCACUGGUGGGCAAAUCUGUAUACGCAACUUACUAUUCAUAACAUAAUCCUUUUGAAGUUGGAUGUGGUGACCCCUGAGAGCUACUAUGCAUACUGAAGACUCCAUGCCAAAGCAAAGGCUGGAUAGAACUAUUAAUGAGAAAAUAAUGUUUUGUUUUUUUUUUUGUUUUUUUUUUGGAUGAGAGGUGGUGCCACCAUUUUGUGUUGUUGACUUCGACGUUGAAUGGCAGCUUGCAGCUGUUGCAGCUGAGAGAGUGUGGCUUGGCAGACAACUUAGGUACUUAACCUAACUACCUAGGUACCUAGUAACUACUGUAGGUAGACUUCUUACUCGCUCGCCCAUCUGCGAGCAGCUGUCAGACCAAACCCCGAAUACUGCCCGAAC